CCAAGGCCUUAAACCAUAUAUCCAUCCCACACGCAAUGACUAAAGCUGUAGCGUCAAUGCUCUUGCCGCUCAAUUUCUGUAUGUAUGCUAUCGUCUUGGCCAUUGCUGCCUGGGCUACUAACAAAGCUAUCGUCGAAGGCUUCUUUAUCGGCCCGGGAUUGGAUCUACCUCCACAAUUCUCUCCGAUAAGUUUUUCAAUGGGGAAUGGUGCUACCGGAUUCUUUGUUGUGUUUUCCCUGAUUGCGGGCGUGUUCGGAGUUGCAUCCAUCAUAGUCGGCAUUCACCACUGGAACGGUGACACUGAUCAUGCUGCAGCUACUUCAGCGGCAGCGAUUGCCUUGACUCUUACUGCCCUUGCCAUGGGAUUUGCCUGGAAGGAGAUUGAACUCCAAAACAGGAAUGCCAAACUGAGGACAAUGGAAGCUUUCCUGAUCAUCCUCACCGUUACUCAACUGCUCUACAUAGCAGCCAUCUGCCGCGGCUCAGCAGCAGCAGCAAAAUUCACAUGAAUAUGAAGCGGAUGCGUAGUAUACAUACAAAGCAUCAUCUUAUUACAUACUACAUGAAAGAACUAGAGAUCUAAUAAAUGAUUAAAUAAAUAAAUGUUUUUAAAAUCAUCAUCAUUGUAAAGCAUAUUUAAUUUGUUUAUGAAAUUAUCAAUAAGUAGAUUGCUUUUGGAAUGUUAUCGUUGUGUUAGAGGUCAACAGCAAGUUCGGGGAAUGAUUCUUCUUAAUUUCUACGAAUACGAUGAUACAGCGAAAGGACAUUUGAUUGGUAGUGAUGGCCAACAAUAUUCGGGAUCGUGUCAUUUUUCAAUGAGUACUUUAAGCCGGGACGAAAGUAGUAGUAACCUAGAUAUUUAUAUGUGAAAAGUCUAGGUAAUAACGCAAUAUAAGACAUGUUAAGAAUAUUAUUUUAUCAAAUGGAUACUCGUCAGCUUAUAAC